AUGCCGCAACCAGCUGGACUCAAGGAGAGUACGCCUUCGGCCGACAGUCUUUCCGCCGCUGUCCCCCACUUAUCUCUCUCGGAAUCUGGACUACCUGCCAAAAAUCUGGCCAUACAGCCGCCGAACCCCCCUGGAAGGACCGAAGAGGAGAGACAGGCUCAUCAGAACUUCACCAAUGAGGCCCUUGAGAUGGCGCGCCUAGCCCUUCGCACCAACGAAACACCUGUGGGCUGUGUCCUCGUCCACAACGGCACUAUCAUCGCAAAGGGCAUGAACGCCACAAACAUAACACGAAAUGGCACUCGUCACGCAGAGUUCAUGGCCCUCGCCGCCCUUUUAGCCCGCCCAAGAUUACCGGGUGCGGCCUUUACCCACGUCGGCGAUGCUAACAGUUCCGAAUGUUCGACAGAGGAACAAGGCAAGACCGAGAUGUCAGUAGAUCAUGGCAUGUCUCCAGAGCAGGGAUAUCUCUACCCGUACGGCCAGAAACUACACCCCUCCCGAGAAGUCGAUAAAUCAAUCGUGCAGGAGUGUAUCCUCUACGUAACCGUGGAGCCAUGUGUCAUGUGCGCCUCCCUGCUCAGGCAGCUGAGGAUCAGCAAGGUAUUCUUCGGCGCGGUCAAUGAUAAGUUUGGAGGCACUGGCGGGGUCUUCAGCAUUCACAACAACAGUGUUCCAACGAGUUUAGACCAGGCCAGACCUCAAGGGGAUGGCGGCAAUGUUGAGCAUGGGUUUGAGGUGGAGGGAGGUUGGGGUCGUGACGAAGCUGUUGGCCUCCUCCGCCGAUUUUAUGUCCAGGAAAACGGCAGAGCACCGAUUCCACGGAAGAAAGAGGGACGUGCAGCACGGCUUGCCGCCCUGGAACGUGACGCCAACGAACCCUCGGCGUCUUCUACUACUGCGCCUGAUACAGGCGAGACCAUCGGUUGCACCCAAUCUCAAGCACGAGACGAGCAGCUCGGUGUGGGCGUUGAUCGAAGCCUCGCCAUCGCCCAAUUGGCGGAGACGGCCUCACUGCCCCUAUCUUCUUAA